AUCAAAUAUGGCGGAAACAUGGGAAUAUGGAUGAGUUUGUUUUGUUUUUAGAAAGGACCUUGCAGAUGGACAAUUCAUUAGAUUAAGAAGUCAUGAGGGCCAGAAGCAACUCCAUUGUUCGUCUGGACUGGUAUCAUCGUCUCGUAAACCGGACAAUAUUAGAUUUUCAGGUAUGCCUUUAUCCGAAAUUGCUAUGACUGUUGAUAUAAAUCGAGUGUUUCUGGGGCAUGAAUCUUACUGUUGUUUGUCAGCUAGUUUUUGUUAAUACAAUUUUUUUUUAAGGCCUAAUUCAUUGAUAAGAAAAGAGAUUUCUAUGUGUAUUCUGCAAGACUGCUAAACAGAUGUUGUGACUUUACUUCUUUCUUGAUCUCAGGAUCCAGUAACUGGUCUGUUGCCACCGAAAAUCGACUGGAAUGCUUAUAAAUCAAGAUCUUGUGACUGUAAGGAUGCUUGGGUGCGGGACAAUGUUUACAGUAUCCUGGCUGUGUGGGGUCUGUCACUUGCUUACAGAAAGAACGCUGACAUGGAUGAGGACAGAGCAAGGGCACAUGAACUUACACAGGCAAGUCUCAUUGAAACAUUAGUCAGAGUAACUGCUUGUUGCGAAAAUUUUAUAUUUUGUAACUGUAGAUCAUUUGUAUCCAUUGGAGUUCUUUGUUCAACAUGUUCAAGAUUGUUGCUGAUAGAGAAGCUAGAGAUGUACACCUAUAAACAUGUGCAGUACGUGAACUCUAUCCCUGUAUCUAACAGUUCACACAUUUUUUGCGUAAUCUUAUCGUAAACACAUUUGUGGUCAUGUUGAAAAAUGUUAUAAUCUGAAAUAACAGCAAAUAUCUUACCACCAUAUAUUUAUUUUUCAUUUAGAGUGUGGAGCUCAGAUAGAAUUGAGCCCCUUCCUCUCUUAUUAGUACACCUGCCCUUAUUUUUUCCCUCUGAUGCUUUUCAUUUCUCUCCAUUGUUUGUGUUAGGCUGUGGUAAAGUGCAUGAGAGGUUUGCUGCUCUGUAUGAUGAGACAGGUACACGUACACGUACACGUUUAUAGAAAGUUUAUUAUUCAAAUGUAAACCUCCUGUUUCCUACAGUGUACAUGUAAGAAACAGAAUCACAGCAGGGUUGAUCUUUCACAAUGUAUGUUCAAUAGUUAGUGUUCUUGAUUUAUUUCCAGGUUGAAAAGGUUGAAAAAUUUAAGAAAUCUCAAGCAAAGGAGGAUGCCUUACAUGCAAAAUACAAUUUAAGUGAGUAAUAACAGCCUGGGCAAAGUAGAAAUUGUUUGUGAGAUUCUUUGUUUAAAUGCUAAUUGCAAUGUGAUCUGAUCAUGGUGGCAGAGACUUGUAGUCCUUGUGUUGGAGACCAUGCCUGGGGACAUCUUCAGAUUGAUGCCACAUCACUCUACCUCCUCAUGUUGGCUGAAAUGACUGCCUCAGGUACAUUUAAAGCUAAUUUACAUACAUUACUUUGUCAAGUGUAAUUUGUUACAAGUUUGUAGCUGUUUGUUUCUUUUACAACUUAAUGAUACAGCUUUGAUACUGUAAGUGUCCUUUGCCUUAUAAUUACAUAACAAAAUCAUCACAAAAAGCUACAUUCAGUUUUCCCUAAUAUUUAUACUCACUGAUUAUUUUGUCAUAUAAUUUGCUUUCUUUGUUACAUAUAUUUCAUUUUUUUUUCUUUAUUUGUAUAGGAAUACAAAUUAUUUUCACUCUUGAUGAAGUUGCCUUCAUUCAAAAUCUGGUGUUUUACAUUGAAAAAGCAUUUUGCAUCCCAGUAAGUGACUUGUAUUACGCAAUUUUGUUCAUUAUCAUACGCAUGUUCGCGCAAAAAUGUCAUAUGUUUCAAAUAUUUGCUUUCAAUUGGACAGUAAAUGAUUGUUAGUAAAUUUAAGAGAAGUUUCUCUGGUUUUUUGUUUGUUUGAUAUUUUUUGUCUGGUUUAUUUUCAGAAUUACUCCUUCCUAGUACCCAUAGAAUUAAAAAAGAUCACCAAUUUUUAUAAUAUUAAAUAAAUGUAAAAAUUGUACAUAACUUAAAUGAUCAUGAAAAAAAAACUUAUUAUUGUGAGAUGUAUUAUUAUUUUUAUUAUCAUUAUUUUAAUGAUUAAAAGUAACUAAUACUUAUCAUAGUUUUGAAUUUUGAACAUGUGCUACAAUGUAUAUACAGUGUAUUAAAUGUUAUCUGUAUGAUGUGUGCAUUCCUAUAUUUUCAGGACUAUGGUAUUUGGGAAAGAGGGGACAAACUUAAUCAUGGCAUGCCAGAGCUAAAUACAAGUUCCAUUGGAAUGGCAAAGGUUUCUUAAUUUUGCACUUGAUUUGACAACAAGACGUUUAUAAAUGCCUACACAUACCACCUGCCUAAUUAACACAUAUACCCAAGUCAUGUACACUGGGUUGUGUAAUCUACAUUAUUUUUAAUCUCACUUUUCAUUUUUAAGGCAGGGUCUUUCCAAGGGUACACUGAGCAUUUAGGAGUGUUUCAAAUGUUUUCAGAGUCUCAUUGAGCAUUUUAAAGCAUUUUAAAAUUCAUGUAGAGAAUAUUUGGCUCCUCAGCAAAUUUCAAACAGAUGCAGUAACAACAUACUCAAAACCAUUAAACUAAACAGAAUGACCCUAUUGUAUAUUUAGCAUGCAAUAAAAACUAACCAAACAUAAUUUGUAUGCACCACUUGCAUCUUAAAGCCAGUUAUAUUGGAAAAACUGACCAAACAGUUGUCAUGAUAAAGACUAAGAUCACCUGAACACAAAGGACAUUUGGCUGUCAGUCAAGUGGUCAGAAAAAUUUCAGUCUCAGUCACUGUUAAAAUUUCUUCCAAGGAAUACCCUCACUUGGAUGAUCUCAUUGUACUGUGAACCCCAUUGUGAACCCAUUGUGAACCCAUUGCUGCUACAGGAAAAGGUUGUAGUCUUACUGAAAUGAUUGAGUUCACCCUCUUUAAUUUCUCUAGAUCCAUCCCUGAUUCACUCAAAAAGUUUUUUAAAGGAGAGUUGUAAUGAGUCUAAAAUCUGAUGUUUCGAGCAUUAGCCUCUCCUCAGAGAUAACUACAUGUACAAGGGCUAAAGCUCGAAACAUCAGCUUUUAAACUGUUUAUGGUGGCCAACUUAAGUUAUCAACUCAGUUAAUAAUACCAAAUUACCCUGUUAUACCCUCCCACUAUCACAGCACCACAGUUUCUUUAGAAACUUACCCCCUCCAUUUAAGGGAGAGCUUGAAUGUGUGUAACUUUUUGAAUGGUGUUGUAAUGGGUUUGCUUUUUUUCUAUCCAAAGGCUGCUCUGGAAGCAUUAGAUGGUUUGGAUUUAUUUGGCCCAGAGGGAGGACAUGCCUCUGUUAUCCAUAUUCUUCCUGAUGAUAUCCAGCAGUGUAAGGUAAGUACAGUGACCAAAACAUCUGCCUUGACUGGCUUAUUUGAGAUGUUUGAUAAAAUACUUUGAAAGUUAUACCAAACAUUUUAUAUUAAUCACUUUUCGUUUGGCGAAUUCCUUUGUUAGAGUGGAACUUGUUUUCUCAACAUACUGGGUUCAUAUUGAAAUGUGGAAAUUUUUUGAGGCAAUUUGGACAAACAACUGAAUAAACAACAGUAAUUUGUGUAUUUUUAAACGAAUUCAACUUUUUUAAACAGUUACAGUAAAUUUCCCCAGAUUUAAAUCAAUCAGCACCUUGCACAUUAUGACAAUGAAUGGAGUAUAAAAUAUUGAGAAAAGGUUUUUUAAAAAUGUGCUCUGCUGUACAGCGUUUUCUCUCUUACAUGUAUACUGUUUGUUAUAUUCUUACUAGGCUAUUUUACAGUCAAUGGUACCAAGAGAAUCCAAUUCCAAGGUAAAGCACAGUAUGAUUGCUCAUAGGUAUUUAUUUAAUACUGUAGUUAUUGAUUGCAUCUAUAGUAUGACUGUUAUUAACUUUGAUGUUGAGAACUUUGGAUCAAUAAUAGUGAUAGUAGUUCAAAAUGUACAAUGUAAUAAAUUUGAGAAUUUGCAUUUUCCUUACUGUACAUGUCCAUGGUAGAACUGGGGUAUUGUAGUCUAUUAACCCUUAAACUCCCAUGAGUGACCAAGACAGAAUUUCUCUUUACAAUAUCAAUACAAUAUCAACCAGAUAAGUGAUGAGGAUAAAAAAUAUCAAUUUGGGGAUAAUAAGUUGAUCCAAUACUAAAUUCUCUGAACUAACAUUACAAGAAUUGUAUGGUUGAAAGUAAAGAGAACAAUAAAUUUGAACAGGGAGUUUAAGGGUUGUCAUGCUACUUAUACAUUGUUGAAGUUUUCUAACAGAGUGUGGGUCUUGACAGUAGUGUAGAUAUGAAAUAAACUGUUUAAUCUUACUGGCCUAGUGAAGAAGCAAGAUAGCAAGUUAAAGUGAAAAAAUAGGUGUUUGCCACGCACAUUUUCAUAUUGAAUCUUCUUGUUACUUCAUAAAGUUUUCAAAAGAUUUGUAAAAUAAUUAAUAUUAAUAACAAUUAACACCAUGUAUACAUAUGUACAUGUAGUUGUAGAACACUUUUAACUGGAUUUUCUGGGGCUAAGUGUACAGUGUAGUUCACUGUACAAUCAUGUAGCAUACUCAGUUUUCCCUUUAUAACCUUUCAUAUCAGUAUAAUGUGAUUAUUUCAAACAUGCUUAUUUUUAACAGGAAGUUGCUGCUUCUGUUUUGAGUGUAAUUAGUUUCCCAGCUUUUGCCGUUGAAGAUGCAGAUCUAGUCAAAGAAUCUAGGGAAAAAAUAAUUUCAAAACUUCAGGUCUGUUGAUAUGUGUAUUUUUUGUUCAAUAUUACAUCUUGUACAUGAUUUAAUAUAUUUUUAUUUUGACAUGGUUUAGUUGAUGUUGAUGGUGAAGUCAUCAAAAUUGGGUUUGAUCAAUUUAAAUGGAAAAAAAUAGCUGAUCAACAAUACUCAUGUCUUUCAUCCUUGUAAAUAGUUUUCUUAUCAUGAUAUUAUGUUAAAGUUGCUCUGUACUUGAAGGAUAUCACAGUAUUUUGAUCUCAGCCUUGAUAAGUAUGAUCUAAUUACAGAACAUUCUAUUACUUCAACUUUGUGCAAUAGCUAUCAUGUUAAAUCUUUCUUCCAAUCUUUGAUGAAAGGGUCGAUAUGGUCUUACUCGUUUCAUCCGAGAUGGUUAUAAAACUCCACUUGAGGUUAGUGUGUACUCUUACAAGGUUGGUCUAGAUUGUUACUGACUUAUGACAGUUGCAUCCUUGGUCCUACUUCUUACACUGUGAUUUAAACCCUUUGAUCCCUAGGAGUGACUAAAAUCUAAUUUCUCCUAACAGUAUCAGCCAUUAAUUACACAUUAUGGUCACACGAGAAAAGGAAAUGAUCACCAGCUAAAGAAGCUCUCCUUAAAUUCUCCUUGUCAGCACUUUGGGAAAUGUAUAGAGAACAGUAGGGAGAAGAUAGUUGGCAUACUGAUGUUAGGGUGUGAAGGGUUGAUACCAUUAGUAUUACUACAAAUCACUGUGUUUGCAGAGGGUGAAGACAACCUGUUCUUAAACACAAUGAAAUUUUUUUUCUUCAGGACCCAUUCAGACUUCAUUAUGAACCAGCUGAACUGGAGAUCUUUGAGAAUAUCGAAUGUGAAUGGCCAUUGUUCUUCUGUUACCUCCUUCUUGACGGUGUAUUUCAUGAUGAUGAGGAGCAGGUAAGUCUCAACUAAUGUGUUGGCACUUUGAGUUUUUGGUUCUUCUUCUUCUUUUCUUUUUUUAAACAUAACAGUACAUUUGAGGCAUUAACCCAAAUAAACCAUUGAUCCUUUUUUGUUCAGCCUGUAAUCUGCUUCCAAUUCAGUUGAAAAACUCUCUGUGCAGUCCUGCUUUGUACAUGUAUUGUUUUAUUAAUUUAGCACUAUAAUAAGAUUUUUUUUUUAAAUGAUCAAAAUUAAUGUUUAAUUAUUGAGAUUAAUGUCUUGCUGCUCAGAAUGCAUUCACUUGUCAUGUACAUGGAAAUAUUGAUUUAAAUAAUAAAAAAAAAUUAAAUAUUUAUAUGUUUCAUGGCAUAAAGCUUGAUCAAUGGAAGCCAGACUGGAAAAAGGCAGCCAUCUUAUAGACACAAUAUACAUGUAAAUUGUUGAUACAAUGUAUCAGUUACUCUGGGCAAUCAGGAGGAUGUUCAUGAUGAUGUUUUGAGUAUACUCUUGCUACUACUCAGAAUUUUUCUGUGAAAGCCAACUGGCAUAAGCUAUUUUUGCCUAGGCAUCAAGAAUAUUCUCCCCUUGCUCAAUCAAAACUAUCUUCGUGCUACCACAUGUCUUAGCAGAAAAAGCCUUUGAUUGUAUCUGAGCUGUUCUCAAGGAAGUGCCGUCUCACCACCAAAUGCAUUGAUUUGGAAUGUCAUCUUUUCGUAUUCUUUUUGUGUAUUCCAAGGAUCACUUUGUCAUUUGGUCCAAGCAUUGAAUUUGUCUUCUUGAACCUUUAUUACACAGAAAUAAGUGCAUAGAUUGUUUCAGUUAAUUUUUUUUAUCCAAAUGGUCAUGGAUACUCUGAUAAAGACUCUUUAGCCAAAGCAAUGGCAGCAAUUACUCCUUGCAUCCACUUUUCUCUUCUUGCUUGGAACCAGAGCUGAUGAUUGAAACAAAAAAGAAACACAAUUUUUCUGCAUUAGAGUAUCAGAAAGACAGUUUAGACAAUGGGCAGUGUUAUAGUGUAUCUGUUGCUAUCACAGUAUACAAAAGGCCAAACAGUUGUAAGACAAUUCUUAUGACCAAAAAAUGGUUCUUGGUGUGAUAGUAUAUAACAUUAUAUGAUUCGAGGUACAUGUUUAUUUGCAUGUAUGAGUCAAACCCUUUUCAUCACUAAACAGCCACAAAAUUCUAAACACUUGUAACAUGAUUUUUUCAUUUGACUGGGUUUUCUUCUAGCUUGAAAGCAGGUUUUUUUGUACUGAAAAGAAAAGUGUUCAAUUUUCAUUGGUAAAAAAAUAGCUAUAAUAUAUUGUUGUUGAUACAUAUGUACAUUUACAUGUAGGGUUUUCUUAUAUUGUAGACCUUUGUGAAACUCAUUGACAUUCUGUCACUUUUGUAACAUUUUGUUUAUCAGAAUGACAGUAUUAUGUUCAGGAGAGCAGACACCAAGACAUGCUCUGUUAAAAGAUAUUUUAUAGAGGGUGAACAUUGAUACUAGGGCAAAAUUAUUGUUUUUACCUCCACAUCUCUAGUUAGCAAGUUGCUUUCCAUUGCUAUAACAACAACUCUUGUUUUAUCCGGCCACUUUUGAUGUAAAAACUUGCUCUCUAGUUUGUUGAUUUGUUCAAUGGAAAAGUGUUCCGGUGCUGUGGGACUCACAGGAAUAGUUCUAGAGGUGUGAACUUUGCUAUGGUUGUUUGCUGGAAGAGAGACUUGAACCAUUUUGUCCUCUUGUUUUCUCAUGGCAUGGUUUCAUUGAUCAAAUCAAAAUAUCUGUACCUUAGCUGCAAUGCUAUGUGGUAGUGAUGUUUGCUCUGGGGUGGAAUACACACAAAAGAUUCAGUUGUUGUCUGGUGUUUUUUGAGAGUCGAAAUCAUCCAUGAAUAUUACAAGAAGGAUUCAAACCAGAGAUCUUGAAAUGUUUGUGGCAUGUACAACAUAUUACAGAGUAAAGAGAUUACCAUGAAUGCCAGAUGUUUUGUUGGUUCUGUUCUAAGUAAACAUCAAAAUUUAAGAAUUGUUCUGUCAGUUCUUUGUUCCGUGCCUUCCAUUUAUCUUCAUCCAAUUAAAUAUUUAUUUAAUUGGCAUGGCGUUAACCACAUUGAUAUUGCUUUUCUGUUGAACAAAUACAAGUGCACUGACAUUUUGCUAUCUCUGUAAACAAUCUGGCCCCCCGAAAGGAAAUACUCCUAUUCAGAAAGGCUUAAAUUCUGGAGCUUUUAAUGACAAUGUAGCAAUCAUUGAAUUUUUUUUUCAGUUCUCAUGAAAUUACUCUACAUGUUUUUACCAUUGUGUUUUUAAUCUAAAAUCAUUUAAAGUCUUUUAUGCAAAUUAUGUCUCUAGCUAUUGUGGUUGACCACUGGUUCUGUUAAUCCUUAUGGUCUACCUAAUUGUGUAGCCUUUUGUCUCAAACAAUCUCUUCUUUGUUUACCAAAAAGGGUGUUUAAUAGAGGGUGAGGAACAGUAAUCUUCUUGAAUACCCUUUUGUCAAAGAGGUUGUACAUAUAGUAUAUGUCAGAAUUUUAAAUUGUAAAGUACAUCAAGAAAGAAUUUGAUUUAGAAAUAUGCAGCACAGUGAUAUUGAAUUUAUGAAUUUAAUUAUACUCAGAAGAGUAUGUGAACGAAAAUGUAGGGAUACCAUGGUUUAAUAUUUUGUAAAAUUUUCAAUUAUGAAAUAUUAUCAUAAAGGAGCCAUGACGUGCUGUUAAAUUAAAUUUUAACUGCUGAAAAAAUUGACAGGAUACAUUAAUUUUUUUUUCAAACAGAAUGUGUAUUGUUAAACAGGUCAUUGGAUAAGAUACAUUUUUUUUUUUCAAACACAGAAUAUGUGUUGUUAAACAGGUCAUUGAAUAAAGAAUCAAGCAAUAAAAAUGGAUUUUUUUGUGUCAUCCUGCCAUUGAUAUUAAACAAUAUAAAAUACCAUAAAUUUGUCCAUCGAUUAUUUUUUUUCUUAGCUACAUUCAAUUCAAGCCAUGCAUUUACAAUCGUGAAAUACUUCAAAAUAAACAAUUUUAACAUCAAUGUGGAUUUUACAUCUAUUGCCAUAAUGAUAAUUUGUUGCUUUGAAAAUAUGACAAUUAUCAAAGAUACAUGUACACCUUUAGAGAGGAAAUUCUGAAGUGCAUGUACAUUAACUAACACUGGCUUCCAUUUUUUGUUUUGUUCUGUUAAAUUUUUUUUUUUUUUUUGGCAUUUGAGGAAUUCUUAUCUAAAUAUAUUAGCUGAAUUUGUGGUCUGGAGUCAAGUAUUUUAAGCGCAUAAUUUAAACGCACAUGGAAGGUGCUGCAAAAUUGAAUGUCAUUUUUGGCUGACCUGGAGAAUCUUCAUGAUAACUAUGUUCCUGUGCUCUCUUAAUUGUAGGUCAGAGAAACUAAUGAUUACAGAGGUUUGAGUAAAAAAGAAAAACUUGGAGAACCUGGUGCAAGUAAUUUAGUGGUCAAAAAUAUAAUUAUAUUUAAGUCAUGUAUUUCUGCAUCUUAGGUGAAAACAUACACAAAGCUGCUGGAACCUCUGCUUGUGCGAGAUGAAGGUGGUCUUCCUUUAGUUCCAGAAUUCUUUUAUGUACCCAGGGACAAGGUUAGUCAAGCAAAGUAGAGUUUAUCUUAAGUUACAUGUACACUGAUUUUAGUAUUUUCCUCCUUUUAUUUGCUUUAAAAAUUUUUGGAACCAAAUUCAAUAUUUUUUCAAGCAUGGAAAGCUGGAAGGAAAUCAAUAACUUACCUUUAGUUAUUUAAAACUCAAUUCAUGCAUGAAAUGUCCAUCAAAUAUCUAAUGUCUUUUAAAUAUCUCUUGAUAAUUCGUGUAGUACUUUUCUUAAAGUUCUUGUUGCUACUAUACAGACACUGUAAUUUUGAAGUGCAGUUUUAUCACAUUGUAUAUAGAAUAAAAUUUUGACUGCCUAGAAUCCCAACUUGAUUGUGGGUUGAAAUUGUUUUCUGCACACUGUUCACUUGGUCAUUUUUAUUUACACCCCAACAUCAAUAAGCAUAUUCUCCCCACUUUUCUCUAUACAUUCCCAGUGGUACUGACAAGGAUAAUUUGUUUAACAAUCAAGGACUUCUUUAGGUGGUGAUCAUUUUGUUUAUUCUUAUGACCGUAAUGUUUGCUUCAGGGGUGGUAUUGUAAGGAGAAAUUAGAUGUAGAUGCUAGUCACUCUUAGGGGGCAAAGAGUUCAGCAUGUCUGAUGUUUUAAGUGCACAGCGGUUACUGCUUGGAGCUCAAAAGACAAUCUUAAUCAGAAUGGCAUUUGUGACCUUCAAUUUUUUUUCUUUAUUGCUUUUGUAGAGGUAUCUUUAGUUAAGAUCUACUGGGAACUUGUUAAAAGCAUGUCAACUUUACGAAAUUGAAUGUUUAUGCGUGUUGUGACCAUUUAAGGUUGAUGUUGAGAAAGCUAAUCCGCACAGUGUGGAAAGGAAUUGUGGGGAAUAUGUGUUGCACUUGUGGUCUCACUCGCUCUAUGUUCUGGCAUGUCUGCUUAAAGAGGUACAUGUACAGUAAAGUAAGAGCAUAAUUACACAGCAAGAGAUCUUUUUCAAUUAGCCUGUUUGGCAAGAGCAGGACAAAAAUCACUUAAUGCAGAUUGAAACUACCUGUGACCCUGAUGCCAGUGCAUUACUGAGUUUUGUUACAGUUCCUCAUUUUGUGGAGGGAACCUAUUACACUGGUGCAUUGUAGCAUGCACAUUUAUUAGUGAAUCCAUUUUCCAGGGUUAUGCAUAGGAAGUACGCAUGCAUGUGGGCACUGUCUCUUUGCUAGCUUUCAUGGGCACUUGAAUAAAGUUAUUAUUUAAAAAUUAUAGCUCAGUUUAAGUUGCAUAUAAUUUAGUUGCCUUUUGGUAAUAGUUUUAUCGAUUCCUUAAUUUUAUAUGAUUUAUUGUUUCUGCCAACAGAACUUUAUCGCAGUUGGGGAGAUUGACCCUCUUAAUCGUAGACAUUCGACCGACAAAAGACCAGAUGUAGUGGUGCAAGGUCAGUGUACUAUCUGCCCUCGGCUUUCCUACCAUUCGCUCUUACAAAGGGCUAACCCCGAAACGUCAACCUAGAAUCUCUUUACGGUGGCCAAUUUACGUUGUCAACUCAGUCGAUAAAACCAAAUUAUCAUACAAUAGUGUAAGUUCAGAUCUUUCCCUCGCCCUCUCGUGAUACAUGUUUGUCAGAUUCCUGGCGACCUCUUACUGACUCGCUUCGCUUUGCUCAAAGGGGGCCUGGUUUGUUGGCCAACCUUCAAAGCGGCAUUUACAGCAGAUAGGAUUUGAAUAGAUGCAGAAGCGAACGUACGUAUUGACGGACAAUAAAUAAAAUCGCGUUGCUUUGCAAUUAUAAGGUGAAUUUGCUGGGAAAUGAAGUCGAAUACGAAUCCUCUGCUGCCUAUGAUCUGACAUGCAAUACCCACCAACUCUUCAUGUAUUUUAGAGUUUACAAACAGAGUGGAUCCGUGUUACUAUAGUCUUGUUUUUUUUUGUUUUUUUUUCGGUCUGUCUUUUGUUUGUUUGAUCCGUUUUUGUUUGCCUAUAAGUAUAGUUUUAUAGUAAUAUGUAAUGAUUGAAUACUGAGUUUUUGCAUCCAUGUAAAAGGUCAAGAGGCAUGGUUUGCGUUGGUAUGGAGCCACUAGUUGUUUGCACGAAACACAGAAUUUUGUUUCAUUGUUUAGUAGUAUCGGACUGAAUCAGGAACCUACAUGGUUAAUGAGGCGUUUUAGAAAAAUAAGAGCGAUGUAGUGACAUAAAUUCAUUCAUGGAAUACAUCCUGUCAUAACAUGUAUUGAGAAGUAGAGUUUUAAUAGUAGGAGGAAUUCUCAAAAGAAGACAGAUGAUUGUGACCCAAUCAUUCUGCACUGUCUUAAUUGUACUCUGUGCUACGUUUCAUAUUUACCUUCCUUUCAAAUGGACAGUGUCCCUGCUUGCUGAAGAUGAGUUGGUAAGAAGUCAUUUGAGAAAACUUGAUGUCCCUGUUAAAGUGACACAGAAUGUGGGCCCAAUUCAGGUCCUACCAGCUCGCACCCUCAGCUCCAUGUACCAGCAGCUUGGUAAGCAACAAAAUUGGAAUGGAACAAUUGAAGAAUUGAUAGUUGUACAGUGCCAAAAUAGAAGUAAAUUACUAACACUGUACCCCCACGGGGAUACCAAACCUAACUUCCACCGGUGGUAGCCGAUGUAUUCAUCCUUAAUGAAGUGUUAGUCCAUUCCACACACCCCCCCGCUCCCUUCUAUCUAUGUUUCCAUGAAAGUUAAUGGUACGGAUUGAUCUAUCCAUAUUCCUGAGUCACCAGAAGCAUAGUUAGUCUCACAAACCAACACAGUGGCUUUGACCGAGGCUUAAAACCUGAAAUUUCAAUGCAGAGUCCAACAUUAAGUCAUGAGCGUACUGUCUCUCUUACACUAACCAUGAGGCUACUAGAAUCUUGCGCGUGUUGCAGAUGUGUAGCAACCACAUUGCAAACAAAUGCACAGUGUUGAAAGGAUGCUGCUUUUAAGUUAGGGGGUGCUCUCGUGUCCGUUGUAUCUUUUAUCUUUUAACUCAGUGUUCUUCAAUUAUGUCAUUACCUUAAAUGUUAACUGGAGAGUUUUUCUGCCAACUGUGAAGUGUCGUUAAAUUUUAACUAUGACUUCCUUUUCGCAGGGAAAAAUCUCAAGUUAGAUCUGACAGGCAGGUAAGUCGCAAUAACAGAAAACCCGUCGUUGUUUCCUUUGUUGGUGGUGGUGGUGGUGGUGGUGUCGUUGUUUGAUAGGAUGGAGCUAAGUUGAUUCGUUCAUCAUCUUCUCUCUAUCACUUUAGAAGUCCCGGUUAUUAGUGUUUGGUUAUUCACUUUUCAACAUUUAUUGCAUUUUCUUUGCACAUCGAUCGAUUUCAGUUUUUUGCCCAUUUUCUUUCUUUCAGGCCAAACUAUAACAUCGGAGUCUUAGGAACUAGCAUGUUGUACAAUGUCGGAAACUCCAUUUUGGCUUUUACACCCCAAGUGAGUUUAAGAAACUUCGUCAAUUUAAAUCACGCGUUACUGGUGUCUAUCGGAGACCUCAAACGGUGUGACCAACAGGAGAAAUAGAAAAAAUGAGUCGCCAAAUUUACUUUUCUUCUGCUACGGUAUGAUAAGUUUUUGACCAAUCUGAGCAUAUGUGCAGAAAUCGUGCGUCGGUUAAUUGGCCUAAGAAUUUGCAUGCUGAUCGAACUAUGUUAUGGUUUCGCUGAAGUUUCUUGUUGAUUGAAAUGUAUCUUUAUUUUGACGUAAAAGAAAUAUGCUUUUCCAAAGGGAAAGGAGGGGAAACGUCUGGGAGCGAACUUGUUUUACUUCCCUGAGGAAGCGAACUCGCAAAGGUUGUCGGGAGCGAAUUUGCAAUGGGGCUAAACCUCUAUAAACCUUUUAGUUAAGCAACGUACCUGACGUUAAUAUUUAGCAUUCUUUUUUGUUGCUGUUUUAGAUACUCGACUAUCACCAGUUUUACCUAGCUCUUGAUAAUGAGUUCCUUGCUGAUCGGAUCAAGUCACUCGUGGGUUUCCUCGGAGCUAAUUGGAGAAGACUCGGAAGACCGAUUCUCACAAUGACGAUCACUCACUCAAUGUUGGGUAUGUCGACACGGCUGUUCUAAGCACUCUUAGUACUAAAUAGCUAUCGCGUGAAUUCGUUUUUACUCAGAGCAAAUUCCUUUACCAUGAGGAGGUCUUGAAUGACGGAAAAUUUGGGACGGUUUCAUUUCUUUUCUGGUCUCGUUCUCUUCAGCAAGAACAGUAUCUUUGUUGGUGACAACCACAAAUCUUGAAGCUACAAUUUUAUCGAGAAAGUGGCAAAAUAGCAACUUCUCUGGACAAUUUGACCUAUAGUGCCAGCGUAAGCCAAACGGAAAUAUGAUUGACCCAUCAAAUUUUGAACAGUCUAUUUGAUCGGACAAUUCUACUGCUAUAGUGGUAUGUCAUUUAUGGCAGUGAACAGCUUUAAUCUUUAGUCAUGUCUUUAUCACCAUGAUGUCCACUUAUAACAAGUAACAAAUUUUGAUAACCCUUAUAAAUAGCGUGAGAAUGACUCUCUAAAUUCUCCCGCUUAAACACAGUACAAGGUACAACUGCACACAAAUAACGAACUUCGUUUUUACCAAGCAUUUUCGUUUUUUUUCUCCGAGGGCUUUUGAGAUAACAGUAAAUAUCAUUACAUAUACAAGGGCAGUUCAAAACGCGUGUGUAGGUAUUCCAAAAGAAUUUUCAAAUUCAUUUUCUUCGUCCAACAAGUUCCUAAAUGUGAUUAUGUUUUUAUUUUCAGAGGACUCCCUCAAUUCAUCCAUUUCCAAGAUGAUUAUGAUGCUGAAGAGUGGCUAUAUAUCUGGAGUCAGGUAGAAUCACGGAAUGUUUUAUUAUUGUUAUUAUUAUUAUUAUUAUUAUUAUUAUUAUUAUUAUUUUAUUAUUAUUAUUAUUGCUAUUUAAUGAGAAAGAUUGUAAGUUUUGAGCUCGGUAAAGAAAUAAGUGAAAGAUGUUUUUUCGUCUUGUCACGAGCGUGGGACAAAGAAAAUAUUGAGUUUCCAUGAGGAAUCGAACCACUGACCUUCUGAUUCUGCGCUCCGAUGCUCUACCACUGAGCCACAGAGACUCCAUGGUGAGCAAAGCUCAUUACGAAGUUCAAUUAAGGCCAGUCAGAAUAGGGGUUUAAGCUCAAGAGCUCAUACUAGGAAUUCAAAGUUGGUAGGCGUAAACAAACCGUAAGUGCGGGAAAGGAGAGGCACGGUGACAAACAGUAUCAUCUACAACUGAUUGGUUGAGAGAUCGGAGCGCGGUCAAUCUUACAGUGUGGUGAACUGUAACCCAAAAUUAAUGCAAUCCUGUAGUACUUUCAACUAUUAGUAAAAAAUUACUCUGAUGUAAUUUAUGUUUUGGACAGGGUUCGUCUUGGGUAUCUGUCAGAAUUUUUGAGCACGUCCUGUAUUACAGGUCUGCAUUUUAUUGAGGACACUGAAGAGGGUGAGUGGGUUGAAGUGGGUUUGAAGUUUACUUUGUAUUUCAAGUUAUACUUUGCAUACAAGGAAUUUUUUAAGUCGUACCAGAAAGCACUCAAAUUAAAACAUCACACGCUGCAUACAGUCAACUGUUCGUCAACACUUUUUCUCGCGCAUCGCGAAUUAAUUCAAGCAUAAUAAACACAAUAGCCUCUAUUUUGCGCGAAAGUAUGUACGGAUAUUUAUCCGUGGAAAACAUGUGUUCCAAGAUGCGAACGAGUAAACACGGUUGUAUGUUUCAAGAUACUCUGCAAGCUGCUACUUCAAGACGCUCACAGUUUUUCUCGAGCUUCGCUCUCAGAAAACUGUGGGCUUCGAGGAACUGAUAUUUUUCGUAAAAUUGAGACUGUUGUUGUUUAUUAUACGUCAAAUAUUUUGCAAUACGCGUGAAAAAAAUGUUUACGAACAGCGGUCUGUGUUCAGCGUGGAAUGAUUUCUCCUGGCUGUUUUCUGGUACGACUUAAUGAACAAAAAAAUAUUUCCCUUCUUCUGUAACAACCACAAAACCCUCACUCAUCUUGAAUUAAAUUUGAAACGAAGACUCAUCAUAGUGGACGUAAAGUUUGAAAAUUGGGGAAUAUCGAUUAGGUGAUACUCUCGGAUAUCAUUCAGUUUUAGCUGGGGGAUAUUCGUUCACGUGCUGCGUUAGACCAUCGUACAAGGGCAAAAAUAUUAGAUAGAUCAUAGGCUUGGAUAUUCUCAUUACACAGCAUUCUUUAUUGCCUUAGUAUUACUUACUUUGUUCUGAAAUCCUUUGACCCCUGUACCUAGCAUUAAAUUUCUUCAGCCCCAAAUCGCAAAUUUAGGUCACCAGAAUGAAGGAACUGAUUACCAAGUAGUUCUUGAUUGUUAAACAUAUUCUCCUUGUCAGCACCUUAAGAAAUUUAACGGACAACAGUAUGGAGAUGAAUGCGUACUGAUGUUAGGGUAUGAGGGGUUCAUAUGAGGUAUUUAUUUGUCUGUGAUAAUAGUUCCGUCGUUUAAACGAGUGGAUUCUUUGCUCCUGCAGUUUUUAGGAGACAUAGAAGGUUACGGGUACCCAGUGACUUGCUGCUGCGAACUGAUUCUGAAUCAGUCACAUCGGGAAGAGUAAGUUUUAGUGCUUGGUACAUUGAACUGUUUUCUGCAAGGUAGGAAUUUUUUUAUGCAGAGAAACACUGACGUAUACUCUUGGGUUAGACACACACUUAGUAGGUAAAAAUAUGCCCCAAUGAUUGAGGAGGAUAGAAAAGAUUAAGAACUGUGUCAAUUCACGCGGAAGGCCUCGGAUCGAAUGGUCGGGGUUUGAAUUCUGACUCGGUCAUUGUUAUGUUCUUGGGCAAGACGCUUAAUUUUCACAGUGCCUACCUCCAACCAGAACAAACCAUCAGUGAAGCCCGACGAAAUGCUGGAGAAGCUUGAAAAGGUAACGGGAAGCAUCCCGUCCAAUGGGGUCGGUAGGCAAUAAAACCUUCCUUUUGCAGAGAAAAUGGGGUAAAUUUGCACAUUCCUCCCCAAAAUGAAAUUUUUUUAGAUGGAAUUUUUAAUCAACCUUGUCUUGCUAUUGUUGUUACAGAAUCGAGCUUAUAGCACUGCUGGUCAUAGCGCGGUAAGAAGAAAGUCCAGUUACAAGGGUUUGGUUAAAAGAAGUAGAAGCAUCUCAGUGUACCACGAGCCAUCUGGUGGUACAUCUCGUAAGUUACUCUUAAUGAUUGUUUUGUAUUAUAUUUCACGACUUUACGAAACGUCUGCAGAAAUUCCCAACUGAGCGAUGAACGUAAUCUGGCACUGCACUAGAUUCGUUUCGCGUAGCUCUGUGAUUGAUUUAGAAUCCUUACGCUAUCGUCUCAAUCAACCACUCUGAUGCCAAUCCAAAACCAGUCGUAUUUUGGUCAACUCGUGUUAUACCGCGCCAGAGCCGGCAAAAUGUGGGCACUCGGAGUUAAUUUGGCUCAGGAAAUUUUCUUUUUUUUUUUUCGAUUGGCCGUAAUAAUUACAAUAGAGUUUAUUUUCAUGACAAUCGAACAAAAAGCCCUCUAAUGUUCUCAUGCUUAGCCUUGGUCAGAUUUGUUUCCUAUGAAGAAAUACUCCUUCCAUUGUUCAAAAUAUUUUGCGCACUAUUUUUUAGUGCGUCACCUAAUUUUUAUAUAACUAGCUGAUUAUUUAAGUAGAUAUCCUUUAGAAGCAACAUCUGUGAGUCUACUUCUGGUGUAAACAUUAACUUCUUUGUGCUGUUAGUCUUGUACGUGGCUUUGAGCAACGCAUUUAUGUUAAAUUAUGAACGCAUACAACUCAGACGUCGGGUAAUUCUACAAUAAAUCUAACCAUUUAAACGCGUAAGCGAUACAGCAAUGUCUGUGACUUUGUUCACGGUGUUAUCGUUUACUUUUCUGUUGAGUUAAAUUUUACUUAACUUACGUGAGUGCAUGUAUGUUUAUCAGAUAAUAUUCCUGCGACUUAAAGUGACUCCAUAGUAUUACACUGCAAAUAACAUUGUACGUUUAGGCGAAUAAGCAAGCGCAAAUUCCGAGAACGUGGCCAAUUUUUGUCAAGCUUGUUUGUCUGUUUUUUUUUUUCAUAACAAUGUACGAAGUAAACAGCUACGAUGAUCUCUUGCUCUAGAACGAGCAAAGUGGCCUAUACUUUCUUCUUUAAAUUAGAAAAAUAACGGAAAAAGUAAUCGCAAGGGAAAAAAGGUAUAGCUAAAAGCGUGUCUGCGGAAAUGAAUGGAACAACCAGGCUUAAUGUGGUCGAAUAUUCAUUUGCUCUUUAUUUUGAGGCAGUCUUUUGCCGUUGGUUGGGGGAAACACCAGAAAGUCCGGGGUACGUCAAGUUAAGUAAUGAAAAUUUUGUGUUAGAAGUUACCAACCCCGCUAUAUUUUGACGUGAAAAGAAUGUCUUAGAAUGGAAUCCGAUUAAUUAAUCUUCAUGUUAAGUUUCAAUCUGCCUUAUCAUCCACCAACAUAGUACUGUACACUCCCGGCAUACUUUAGGAAACCUCUUUCACGUGGUCGUCCUUUGAUCAAUCUUUCCGUCAUGUGUCACGCACUCCACUAACAUGCACUUGUCACGUGAGUUUCAGCGACUUGGAAGUCACCUCAGUCGCCUUCACCUGACACUGAUGAGGACUGUGGCCCAUCACUGCCUACCUGGGGUACCGAUUCAGGUACUAAGAGGGCUAUACGUUUCCUGUUUCAGUUUUCCUCCUUUUAUAUUAUUUUGUUUAGUUUGUUACUUUGUUUGUCUGUCUGUUUGUUUGUUUGUUUUACUACGUUUUGUGUAGCAAUCUUUAUGUUUGAUCCUCUGUUGUCAGUGUUGUGAAUAGAACUUGUUAUUUAUUUUUGCACGGUAAGGAAUCAUGAGGGACUCUGAAUAGAGAAGCAAGUUCAAAGGCUUUUAUCGUUUUUUAAGCUCACACUUUUUGAAACCACCAUUAGAGGUAAAUUUUCUUAUUUCAGUAAAAGAAUAUCGUCACAGUCGUUACAUAGCUCCACCAGCGAUAGACUAGUAAAAAAAUAAUUUAAGCAUUCAAGCUAAAGAAAAAAACGUGUAGUGUUAUAUCACACAAUGAGCAGUUGCACAUUACCUCUUUGAUGUAGCUUGUAGGAAAAGCUCUUCUAACUGGCAAGUAACUUGGCUUGUACUGACCUCCCUGUAGAGUUUACGUCCAUUUAACCAUAGCUCUCUGGUACAGAGAAAAGUUGCGACCAGAGCUUUUUUCUUCCUAACAUUCUCAACAAUUAUAUUUAUAGUGACCUAAUUGUUACCCUAUAAUCUGUUCCUGAGUGAAGUUCAUCUUUUAAUUUAAAAUGAAAGGAUAAUAUAGUGAUAAAUUUCACCUUAAAAAUUAACUUAGCAACAACUGAAGAAGUGACAAACCUAACACUUUGAAAGUGCCUAUGUGCAGGGCGUGAAAUUGCGCCUAAUACAGGCGCCAAUGCGACUAAAUUUUUCACUUUGGCGACCAAAUCCUGAAAGUAAGUCGCCAAAUUGGCGACUACAACGUUUCACCAUAACCUUACUAAGAGAUAUAGUGAAUUAAAUAAAUUUGCAAAGAUAAAUCCGCGGCAAACUUCCUCGUUAAGUUUGUUUCCAAAACGUAGCACAUGCAUCUCGAUCGAUAACUAGACGCCAUCUUGGAUUUAGAUGAGCCUGAACGUUGUAUAUCAUACAUCCUAGUGUCCACUUUGUAGCACGUUAAAGAUCUUUUCCCUAACUUAAUUUUGGAGGGUCUAUCUAGAACGCUGACAGCGUAAAGAAAGAUUUUGUUUGUCUUUGAAAAUGGCGACCAACUUUUUUUGAAUUGGCUACCACUUUGAAGAAUUUAGGAGCCAAGUGGCUAUCAGAAAAAAAAGUUAAUUUCACGCCCUGAUGUGCAUGAAAUAGUUAACGGUAUGAUACCUUUUUUAGCAACAUGCAAUAACAUCUUAAAGAUAACAGAAUACAAUUCAGUCAUUACAUAUUUACGCGCUCAUUUCAAGAAAUAAGAGCAUGCUAUGAAGAAAAAUAAUUGUUAACUUGAAUUGCUUAUAUAUAAAAUGCUGAUAAGGCUUUAAUAUGCAUUUAACAGAUAACCGUAUACUGCGGUUGAAAUCUCCCUCUGUCAGCUUUACUCAAAGUGCAUUAAAGCUGUCGAGUUUCAAGGUAUUUUGGAAAGCUGCACCAAUAUUUUCAGUUUUACUUCGUCAAACGAGUCACAUAUAGACCCAAGAAAACUUUGUGUUUACUCUGGUGAUUGCAGAGAGGUUCACAUUUAGAAGCAAUAACCAUGAACGAUGAAAGCCGAUGUCGGAAUGGGUAAUGAUGUACAUGAUAACCACAGUAACUUGCACGUAGUGAAUGACGCAAGCCAUUCACGCUUUCCUGAAGGAAAAAAAUAUAAUAGCGAAGAUUUGCAAAUAAUGAUGAAAAAGUGAAUUGCGUACGAAAACUGCCUCUAAAUCUGUUGGUUAUCUUCUACAUGUUUAAGGUGUCCUUGAUAUUAUUUAUGCCAUUUUCUCUGCCUUUCUCAAAUCAAGUUCCCGGAUGUGAAGCAUUUGAAGAUCGCGCAGCUAAUGGUUGGACACCAGCCAGGUCACGUGCCAUGUCCACUGACGUGGAGUUGGAAGAAUUGCUGUUGCAACUCAAAGAAGCAGAGACAAUUGAUGCCCAAGCUGACAUACUACAUUUUUUGUAUAAUACAAGGUACAGAGUCCUGUGUAUGUUAAAUUUUCUCGAAGUACCUAACCUUAGAGAAUAGAAUUUCUCCAACCAACACAACAAGAACUUUUCAUCCAACACAAAAUACCAAUAUAACAAAUCAAGGGCUUCUCGCUUUAUUCAUUUGUUUCUUCUAGUAUUUAGUGCAGUACAAGGUACAAGCUACUAGGCGAAUAAACAAUAGGAUUUGGGUCCCCCUACGAGGUCUGCCGCCAACCCAACCCCGAUAACAUUUCCUCUAAUCCUAACCCAACUUACUACCUUUACAAACUAGGUAUAUACAGUAGAGUACAUGUAAUAUUAUGAAUGAUAUUAGAAUAUGAGAUACGUAACUGGGGCUGGUAUUGGUUUUCCAACCAGAGGAGUGUUAAGUUUUUUGAACUUUUACCUUCUGUUUUGGAGGGAGAUUAAUUUUAUCGUUAACUUCAAAUAAAUACGAUUUGUAGAUGUUAGAAGUCUUUUGUGAUAGUAUGCGUCGAAGAACUGGUUCGAACUACUUUGUUCCUUGAUAGUAUUCCUGCUGUUUGUUUAUGUUUUUUCGCAUGUUUGUGAGUUUUAUUUGUUGUUUGGCUUUUUUUUUUUCACAAGAUGUUAAACGUGCGUUCGCCUUAGGAUUAUUAUUGCUUCUCUGUGAACCGUGGAAAUAAUUCACAGAACAGUGUGGCUCUAUUUACUUUGUUUCACUAGGGGUCCAGACUUUGAUACUCAACUUUUUGGUGAACCAGGAGUUACAGUCCAAAAACUCCUCGGAGAGCUUUACGAAAAGGUAAACUAAUUCAUCUUAGAAGUACUAUUUAAGUUACGGAGUUAGCCGUUAAAUGUUUCAAACACGGACUUGCGUCAAAGAUUAAGUCAAAGAAAACUGAUACUGUAUCCUCAAGAAACAGUCUUACACAUUUACCCAACGUUUUCCUGUUAUGCUUUUUUAUCCACAUUACCAGUUGAAACUGUCAUUUUGUUGCGUUUGAUUUCAAGGCUUGUCAAAGUAAGCUAUGGUCCUUAGUGCGUCACACCGCUGGGCUGUUGAGAAAACGAGUGGAGGAUCUAGCCGAGGUAUAUUGUUUAUCUUUAAUAACCUCCGUUUUCACGACAAGCUCAAAUUUUGUGUUCGUUGUUGCUGUUGUUAUUGUUUACCGUUCAUCUUUUUUUGUUGUUGCUGUUUAUUCUAAAAAUAUUCAAACAGCCAAGGUAUACUGUGACAUAAGACAUUGUGACCCAACUUUGGAUUCCAGAAGGGGUUAUCAUUCAUAUGCCUAUCAUUCCAAGACCUCUCCCAAUCUUGUUGCAUCCGCCUCUUGGAUCUUUUCACUCUUUUAAUGCAUGGCCGUACUUCAUUGGUCUGAGUUAAUCGCCUAUAUAUCGAUUUCAGCCCUUUUGUUGUAAAGUAUAAAGUUGUGAUGAUGUUUUCCUCUUCUCUUCACCAGGCUGCCACAGAUCUUUUAGUGCACCAGAAGCAGCUGACUGUGGGGAUUCCUCAGGGUGGACACGAAGAGGUCAUAACAAGGUGAAUCUCGACGAUGUUGUCGUAGUGCGUUUGUUUCAUUAGUUUUCAAACCGUUUGAUGCAAAAAAGAACAAAACAAGAAUAAAAACAAACUCGACUUCAAAAUGUGCUUUUGUGAAUUGACUUGUAAAGAAAGAACCUUUCUUCGGUGGUGUCUUCUCUAUCACUAUAUUGAUAAGGUUUUUACUACACUGAUAUAAUUAUUCAAUUUUUUUUUCGCGGCAGACCUCUUCCGCAAGAGGACAUGAAAAAUAUAAUUUUCAACGUUUUUGGUGAAGAUAUGAGCACUGGUGUUGUCACUCAGGUAAAAUUCCUAAAAUUUGUACGCAAACCAGUAACAGCAGAAGUACUAGAAAAAGUAAUGAAGAAAGUAUUAAAAUACAGCUAAUUUUAGCAUUAGUGAUAGUAAUAAUGAAUAAUACUAAUAGGACCGAGUGGAGUCCAAUUCGGUCUGUAAUCAUACGAGGGAUUUACAAAAUCAGACGACCGCGAAGCGGGAGUCCGAUUUGUCAAUCACAAGUGUGAUUACAGACCGAAUUGGACGACACGAAGUCCUGUUACCAAUUAAUCAUAACCAUUACAAUUUUUGAAAAAAAAAAAAUUGAGGAGAAACAUCUCCAGUAGAGACAAUGUCUAAAGCAAAAAACUUGGAAAUUUCUCAGUUUACUUUUCAGGUUGUUGCUAUGGUUAUUGUGAUCGAUUCUGUGAUUGGUGGAUUUAGCUGAGUGAACUUAGUAUGAUUGGCUGCUUCAACUGUCCGAUUACAGGUUUCCGAUUACAGCCAACUGUCUGAUUACAACUGUACAGGGUGAUUUGUGAAAUAUAAAGCAGCUGAUGUACCAAUACAUUUGAGAGAAUUGUGAUGGUUAUGAUUACGAUGAUAAUAGCAUAGAGAGUAGGAUUUUUUAAUCUUUACCGUUUGUAAACCGUCGGUUCAGUAUUUUCUCCCCCUCGACAAUUUUUUAUUCCGUUUGGGUUGUCACUUCAGCUUUGUUUUGUUCUUCAUCCCAUGUAAAAUCGUCCUUGUUCAGUUUUGGUCGAAACAGUAAUAUUCUUCUUUAUCACCAGGAACUGUUAGUUUAUCUUGGGAUCUUUGUAAGGACUGAACCGUCUCUAUUCAAAGAGAUGCUUAGGCUUCGAGUCGGCCUGAUAAUAGAAGUUAUGGUGGCUGAGUUGGCGAGAUCCAUGGAUUGUUCCGGUCAGAAACUAAAAGAGUUUUUGUCUGUUUGUGUAUUUAUAUCUUCUUUUUUUCGAACUACGGACGGUUCUCCCCCAGUGCAGCUGAACUUCUUGAUGUUCGGGCGAACUUCCGUUUACGACAAAUGACACCUCGUGCGAAAUUGAGUCUAUUUGUGUGUCUAACCUUUGCCACUCGUUAUCGAGAACUUGAUUUAACGCCAACAAUGUACUUUCCUGUUUUUUUUUUUUUUUCCGUCUGUUUACUCGAAGCACAGCUUUUCCAAUUUUUUUUUUCAACCUGCGUAGCUGCCCGUUUUGCGACAGUUUGUGCCUUACAUUUUCACAACUCCUCGCAGGCUAAUCUACAAUUGUUUUACAAGGCUUCAACAGUUUUGCGUUUGUUCGGUAACAACCGGCAGACGUUACGACAGUAAAACUGAAAGAAAAAACAAAAAACACAGCAACAACCAAACAACGACAACUAGUCACUCUGAAUAUAACAUGUCGCGUUCUAACAUACAGCCAUACGCGCCUUCCAGGUGAAGAUGCCGCUGAGUUUUUCAUGAACUUGAGCCCUUUUGAGAUGAAAACUCUCCUGUAUCAUAUUCUUAGCGGAAAGGAGUUGGUCGUUUCAAGUGGUAAGUUUAAUUUCUUGUUUUAGUCUCAGGGUUUGUGUGGAUCAUGGAAAACCUGAGUAGUCGUGGGAUUUUACAAUCUCGAUUAAAUUUUUAGUCCUGGAAUCAUGAAAACUCCAGAAGAAUGCUCAGAGAAUUAUUUCUGAGGAAACAGAAAAAAUGAAUUAGCUUGAAAUAACUGCUGAUUUUGUAAUCAAAUAUUAACCAAUUUCGAAUAGCGAUAAAAUACUAAUACAGUGUACACCUCUUUCCUUUUUGUCUAAUAAUCUUAUAUAUGUGUUUCUUUCCUUGUUUUUUUUUAUUUCUUUUUUUAUUAUUUUAAUUAUUUUGUAGAUUUGUCCUAUGACAACAAGAGCACACCAGAGAAACAGAUCUCCAUCGUAAACGUCGACCUUCCGAAGAGGGUUGGGAUCCGAAAACUUUCUAGUGCUAUUAAGGUCAGUCUUCAUUUAGAAAGUGAGAGAAUUUAUUAAUCAUUUUGACUUUGUAAUAUCUUACUCUAUUCUUCCCUUUAGCUACUUGACAAAUCGACAGUGGUUUAGCGCGGUCAGUACUCUUAUCGACAAAGAUAUUCAUCCUCACAGUGGUCAGUGUUGUCUGUAUUCGACAACGGCAAAUUGGCCAAUGAGAUUGUGACAUUACUGCCAAUUGUGGUGAAAAUUACAUUAUAAAAUAAUUGAAAUGGUACGCGCACUUUGAUUGGCCAUAAAACCAUUUUACAUGAGCGUAUGUAAACACGGUUUUCGUUCCUCUUUCAUUAGUUAUUUUAUAAAAAAAAAUGUAAAAUGGUUUUCGUGUUUACAUAGCCUGAUGUAAACACUUGGGAGGUUGGGAGAACACUCGAUAAGCUGGAAACCACUCUGCCUCGCGUCGUGGUUUCCUACGCUUAUCUCGUGUUCUCUCAACUUCCCGUGUGUUUACAUCAGGCUAUGUAAACACGGAAACCACUUUACAUUUCUUCAUUCGUGAACGGAUUUGUGGAAGGAAUUCGGUGCUCUUUAAAGAGUAUACCCUUUAGCUGCAAUGUUUGUCUCUACCAAUUGAUAACCGGUCAGCUGAGAGAUAACCAGUUCUGCAAGUUAAUAAAACUAGCAGAACUGGUUGGGAUAUCUUGUUAUCAGUGGAUCACCACCAAACCCGGAAAAAAAUAUUUCCUUGUUAUUGUCGCUGGAAAAAAUCUCCGGCAAAACUAUCUCUUAUCCAGGUAUGGUUGCUGUUCAGUUUUCUUUAAUAAAUUGGAUGCACUUUCGGUCGGCAAUACCUUCUUCAAAAAUAGGACCACGGAAAGAAUAGUUUUAAUCGGGCGCUCUUCGCUGCUGUAAAUAUUGAGGUGGGAAUUAUCACAUUCAUCUUUACAAGAAAAGGGGUUGCUUUUCAAACAGGAUAAAUGGCGCGCACAUUAGAUUUUCUUUGCACAAUGCGUUCAUGUUGGCUAGCUCCAACCUAUACCUUAGGCGGUGCGAUAAUGAGUGAUGCGAAAGUGAAGGAGUCGUCUAUUAUUUAAAUUUUUCUCUUUUUGCUUUGGUUUGUUAAGUUUCGUUUUGUUUGUUUUGUCUGGAUUGGUUGUUUAUUUUCUAUUUCUUUUAGUUUGUUUGUUUGUUCUACUUUUUGUUCCUUUUUUUUUUCGUGCUGAAGAAUCUUAAUCCAGGUUACGCUAGGCAAAAUUGUUUGGCUUUUGGUUUAUUGUCAAUAAGCAAAGGGUGUUUUUAUCAAAGCUCGUCUUGGAAGUUUCCUGGUUGCACCAUCUUUCUGCAUAUCUGUACGGCUUAACAGCACGUUUUCAUAUUUAUCAACAGAAAAUAAGCUGUAUUAAAAUGUUUGCGGGGAAACAUAUGGUAUGUUAACAAAUGAUUUCAGUUCUUCUAAUGUUAUAAGGGUGAAGGGAAAUGACAUCGAUUCAGAAAUGAAUUUUUUUGGCUCAGCUUUCUGCUUUACUCACGAGAUCUUCGCUGUAAAGGAAGCCUGAUGAACAUCAACAAUACUGCUAACAAAUAACUUCCUCUCAUCUUGCACUGUAAUGACUAACAGAAAUUUUAAAAAGGCUUAUGGAGAGCAAGUGAAAUAUUUGAUUUCCAGCGUAGAGUAGAACUCUAGUUAAACUCUCGUGUGAGCUGCGAGGACUAAUUGCAAGAAAGUGAGGAAGUUUGUGAUGGAGUCGACGAUGAUGAACAUCCAGUUAGUUCUUUUUGGUGCUUUGAUCUUUUCUUUUCUUUUUUUUUUUGUGGUUGUUUUUUUACGUUUUGUUUAUUUACGGUUAUUCAUUUACUUUUUUCAUGUGUGAAACUCAUUGCAUUCCAAACCAAGCUUUUUUCGAUAGUUUGAGUUCCUCAGUUAAGUGCUUUUUCCUCCCACAGCAGGAUGGACGGGAGAAAUUCUUUAAGUCAGGAAACUGUCAAGCAUUUCCGUGGUUCCUUUUCUACUGAAUCGUAAAUUGCAAUUCUCUGCAAGCUGUUAUAACUUUCUCUCUAAGAAACCUUGACUGCAACCAUAAGUGAAAUUGCAUUAAAGCUAACGCUAUGAUGCAAAGGCAUUAAUGCUCUAAUUCUGUGUUUGCUAUCCAAGGGGAAAAUAGAUAUUAAUGCAAUAACACAAAAUAAACUUAAAUUGAAUUAACUGAGAUGUUAAAUAGCGUUCAUCUCUUCUCAAUCCCACGUGGCUUGUCUUUUUUAUGGCUGUUAUCUUUUGAACCACGUUACCUCGCGCCGUCUUGCGCCAUUGUUUUGCAUGGUUUUGUAGUUACUUACUGUGUGUAAUGUGUAAAGGGGUAAAUUUUAAGAAAGAAACUGUGGUGCCCUGUCUGUAGGGAGGGGGGGGGUAUGAGAUGAUUCGGUUUUAUCAAUUGAGUUGAUAAUGCCAAUUAGCCACCAUAAAAAGGCUCAAAAGCAGACGUGUUGAACGUUAGUCCUCCAUCAGAGCGAAUGACGAAGGGCUAAUUCUCGAAACGUUAAGUUUAUAUUAGCAACUCAGUUGAUAAAACCAAAGAAUGUGUAAAGAGACGGAAUAACGAUUGAACACAUAUGAAAUUUGUCAGUCUCUUAUUUGUCUAGAAAGGUGAUAACUUUGAUUUUCCAUCCAUGACGUGGUACGUUCAUAACCAGUUCGAAAUAUAACGAAAACUUAGAUUAACUGAAGUAUCAUUUUGGACCUGCCAACACUGCGCGAGAAAUUGUUAAAAAAAAGUCUAACACAAUAACAACAUUAAUAACAACUAUAUUUGUUUUCGGAUUUAAAGCAUAUGAGCGGUAGAGGAUUGCUACCAUCACCUGAUCAGGAUAAGCUGGGACCACAGAAAGAUAAAGAUGACGAGGACGAGGACCCUCAGGACCGCCUUGGGCAGUGGAUCAGGCGUAGGUGCCUUGAUGGAGCUCUUAACCGAGCCCCUGAGGAUUUUUACCCCAAAUUCUGGAAAGUUCUCGAAAAGGUAUGAUAACUUGCAAAUUUCAAACUCCAAAUUUAAAACAUUUUCAUAUUUGCGAUGUUUUUCAGCCAUUUGAGCGACCUGUUGUUAUUUUUUUGCUUUUUUUUUAAUUCCUCUAGUGUCGAGGUAUGACCAUUUACAAGCAUUAUCUACCGAACACCAUGGUCUUAGAGGUAUGCCUUCGGUUGAAUCCCAUUUUCUAGUAUUAUUUCUUUAAUUUUAAGCUUUACUGCGAUUUUUGACUGGCUUAACAGGCUUAUGCACCCUACUCUAUCAGUUACGAUGCAAUUAUUAUCCAAUGGCGACAUGGCCACUCGCAUAUUUCUGGCGAUGGCGAUAACGUUAAGUUACUGAGAGUUCUUCCCGGCCUUUUCUGACAUAAUUAGUUUUGUUCUGGUUUGUCUUUCCUCCAAAGCAAAAUGUAAUGCUGUAUCCAGAGCUUUUGGAUUGCGAGGAAAAUCUGAUAAUGUUAUGCAUCAGUCAGACAAACCAAAAUUUCCUCGCCGAAACAAAUGGCAAGAUAAUAUGUCAAAUCUGCUCCUGGUCAAUGUCAAGCUUAUUGUGAUCACAGCAUUUCUUAACGCAGUAACCAUCAUUAGUCCUCUCUUAACAGUUUCGGUCGCACAAUGCUUUUCUGUUUCCAGAUGACUCCAGGAGAAUUGAAGUUUGCGUUGUGUGUGGAAGCUGCCCUGAAUCGCAUUCCAGAGCCGGAAUAUCGCCAACUUGUGGUGGAAAUGUUGAUGGUGCUGUCUCUUGUGGUUGAAUAUCAUCCAGAACAGACCCUUGGAGACACUAUUGACGUUGACGAACUUGUUUUCGAGGGCCACAGUUUGUAUCUUAAAGAUCAGGUGGGUGUAGGACAAUCUUUUUCGUUUUCUUUUCGAAGUGUUCUUCGUUCACAGUAUUAAAUAAGCCUGACUGCUAUGCGUGUUUAAGAAAAGGGGUUAGGAAGAUCAUUUUUUUAAGGACCUGAAUGUCGCGGAGACUGAGGCAAUGUUUAGGAAAUUCUUACGUUCAACGUCAAAAAUAGCCUCGGUAGAUAUUUAUGACAAUUACAAAACUGAGGACUGUUUUUUUUUUUUUUUGUCUUUUUUCUAAUGAUGAGAUGAAGUUACAUGAAGGCAGUGCGAGUAGUAACUUUUCUGCAUGCUAAAACCCGAACAUUUUUUAUGGUAGAAAACACAGAUUACUCGUGACAGUCACUUAUGAUCCUGGAGAGUGGGGUUUUUCGUUGAGAAACUAAAGGUGGUUUUACUGCAAAAUAAAUUUAGUUGAAUCUGGAUUGGUACUGAUCGAGUUUCAAAAUAAAAGCCCAACACCAAGAUAGAUAAGUGGAAAAUCAUCGUUUAUAUAUUAAGCACGGGAGCUUAUUUUGGAGUGAUUGUUGCAGAACCAACACACAACGAGUCAGAAGGAGCCAAUAAGAAUAUUGGCGACUUAUACAAAGCGGCCUGCGCCGAAGACCUAGGGACCAAAUCACAUUUAGUGUUGGUUAAAGGGUCGGAGCAAGAGCUGGCGUGGGAAUACUAAACUUAUCUAUACCAUUAUUACAUCCAAAUUUAUGUGCUUAAAAUCCAUUUUCUCGGCAUUUCGUGCUAUUUCAGAUGAACAUCAAAGGUGAUUCCACUAUGUGUUGCGCUCGUCUUCCUCAUGAAAAAAUCAGUUGUGGUGGAGCAGCAGGCAUCUGUCGAUAUUUCUACGACACUGCUCCAAGUGGACGGUUUGGAACCAUGACAUAUUUUUCACGAGUUGUCGCCAAGCGAGUCAGUCAUCUUCCACAUGAGAAUGAGUGCGUGGUUGCUUAGAAUUAGAGAUUUUUUAAUGCAAUCAAAUAAUUCAAUUUUUUGUAGUUUCUCAUGACAGAUAGUAACGUCUUUCUCCCGUACGUUAUUAUUUACUUUCUUGAAUUUACUUCUUGGAAUGUUUCAUUCUAUGAAACGUUUGCCACUCGGUUAUGUGUGAACAAUAAUAAGCGCCGGGUGUAAAGCUGUUUAAAGGGAAGGGGUAAGUUUCUAAAGAAAGUGUGGUGCUGCGCCGAUGGGAGAGUAGAGCAAAGUAAUUUGGUUUUAUCGAAACAUCAGCGUAAGAAACUCUUUACGCUGGUCAGUUUGUAUUAUCAACUCAGCUGAUUAAACCAAACGAUCAUAUAAAGCUGUUUACGUGAGUUGAAAACCAGUUGGAUGAGUGACGUUAUAUUGAUUUAGUACUACGCGAAAGAAGAGGUCUUUAAUUUAUGAUAGGGUUCCAAGACCUGUACAGAAAAUUUUUUUUCAAAUUUUGUGGAGGCUUCGUGAAAACAGCAUGGGUGACCUUUCUGAUUAUGCUCUCCCAUUCGUUUAUAUGUUUCAUCCAAGCCAAUCAGCAUUUAAGGAUUAUCGAGCAAUAUCUUCUUAUUUCAUUCGUGAGUAAAUAGCAUCACAAAAUUCUUCCACCUCUUACAAAUUACUCCUUAAUAUAUAUCAUAAGUAAAAUUUAAUUGGCUAAGUGGUGGGAAAAGGAUACUACGUUCCAGCGACCAGGUUUAUUUUGUGAUCAAAAGGGUAUUCUCUUUAGCUCUUGAUUCAUUAUCUUGACGCAGGCGUGAUCUUGUCGUGAUCAUAAUGACAUGCCUCUCGCCAGUUUAUUGGCUUAUUGUAAACAACUUUGACAGCCUCCAAAACGCGUCAGAGGAGUGUGUUUUGGUGGAGUACCAUCUGGCGUAUCAUGUUUUCAAAGCUGACGCAAUUUGCUGAAGGGAAGUUGAUUGCAGUGGGAAAAAUCAGUAAACUUUGCGCAAAGUUCAGUCGUAAAUGCUAAAUGUUUUAACAAAUCGUCAAUGCAGUUACAGCUGAACGUAGUCUCUGGCCUCAACAAUGUUCAGUGAGAAAACAUAAUUUAGUGUCUUGGUAAAGAGUUUUAACUAGGAAAUAUAAUGUGGCUGUAAAUAAUUACGCAUCUAAAAACUUUAGAAUUAAAUUAUAAGUUCGUGGUAAAUAAAAUUGAAAUACAAGUAAGGUUU